AUUUUUCUGGGCCUUCAGAUCGUCGUCCUAUGAAUUUUGCGAAAGCGCAACCUCGUAAUUGCGCCUCGUUGCGUCUGCAACGUCAAUUAUAUGCAUUUGAAAGCGCCGCCUCCCACAUUGUACCUUUUACGUAGACAUAUCAGAGCGAUUGUCCUUCGAUAAGAAACAGAGCUGACUGCAUGAGCAUAAACCCGUGCCUGGAACUCCCCGCCUCCGAAUGAAAGCCGCCAGUCUGCUCAAGAUGGCGGGUUCUGUCCUAGACGGCGUGUUCGCCAUUAAUAAGCCGUUGGGCAUGAGUUCUGCGCAAGUCAUUCGCGACUGCCAACAACAUCUCAACCCAUCCGCAUUGUUCAAGCCCAUGAUUGACCAAGAGAGGGCUGCCAGAUCGCAAGAGUCAAAUAAUAAGAAAAAGAGACGGGGAUUCGGCAAGAAUGAUCUCCGAGUCAAGAUGGGCCAUGGAGGCACGCUGGAUCCUCUCGCAACUGGUGUGCUUAUUCUCGGGGUGGGCAAAGGCACAAAGUCACUCCAGUCAUUCCUGGACUGCACCAAGACAUACGAAACAGUUGUACUUUUUGGCGCAAGUACCGACACCUAUGACAGAGUUGGGAAGGUCCUGAAGAAGACUGCGUAUGAUCACAUUACGCGUCCAAUGGUCGAGGAGGCUCUCAAUUCGUUUCGAGGGAAGUUACAGCAGAUGCCUCCGCUAUAUUCAGCACUGAAGAUGCAGGGGAAACCCCUUUAUGAAUACGCACGUGAAGGAAAGCCCAUUCCUCGAGAGAUUGCAACCAGAGAAGUUGACGUGGUCGAGUUGGAGAUGCUUGAUUACUACGAGCCCGGCACGCACAAUCAUCGCUGGCCAGCUGAGGAUGCAACCACCUUUGAGCGCAACUUUGCAGAACAAGUUUGGAAAAUCGAGAAGGAUCAGACGAAGAACAAGAAGCCUACCCCCGAAGAAGAGGAAGAAGAGACCAAGGCGUUGGAAGAGCACGAGAAGUUCAAGCGGAAGGCAGAUGCAACAGUCGAUGCUCUCGUGUACGACAAGGUUAACAAACGAAGAAAGACAUCUGAUAAUCCUGCCCUGAUGUCUGGAGCUCUAGGAGAAGUUCCGCCUAAAAAAGCUGGCAAGGGGUCGAACCUCAUCCCCCCGCCUCAUGACCCAAACACCCCCCCACCAUGGGACGACAAAGGCCCUCCCGCCGCUAGAAUUCGAAUGACAGUCACAUCAGGCUUCUAUGUUCGAAGUUUCUGCCACGAUCUCGGAGUUAAAGUCGGUUCUGCAGCUAUGAUGGCUGAGCUUUGCAGAAGCCGCCAAGGAGACUUCGUGGUAGGAAGCUCAAACUGCUUAGAAUACGAUGAUCUCGCAAAGGGAGAGGAGAUAUGGGCUCCUAAAUUAGAGAGCAUGUUGGCUCGCUGGAACGAAAAGUCGCACGCAGCUCCCUCUUCUGCGCCAACUCGGGCAAAACUGAGUGACUCUCCAAAUCAGCCUCAAGAGUCUAUUGAAAUGUCUCCGAGAAAGCGAAAGGUAUCGGAAGAGUUUGGACAAGAGCAGGCGUCUUCUAGUAAGACUAAAUUGCGACCAUCCGUGCGAGAUGAGAAGGCCGCUUCGUCCAAACCCACAUCACCUUCGAAAACAAAGUCGGAAGACGAGUGGAACGGCUUUGACGAUGCGACCUCUUCCAAGGAGCAGUGAUACCGGAAUAUGUUGCAACUUUUCAUCAACAACUCCAUGGUCGAAGGAUGCGGCGUCUCGACAUAAUGAGCGCAAGCUAAUCCCAAUUUUAGCCUACGAAGGCGCCCAUCAUGGUCUGUGAUGAAUGCGAUUGUAGAUCAGCCUUGACCAAUUUCUCGAUAGACAGCAUCUCUUAUUGCAUAGGCCUGGCGUUAGACUAAUUGGUAUUUUGCCGGAAAUAGGUGAAUCAGAUUCCGCUUGCAGCAAGCUUGCAGCGAGGGUAGUUGGUGGGAAUAAAAAUCGAAGGGUGUCGCGGCCGAAUGCACCCAAAAUUGCUUAGACCAACCACUCGUGACUAACUUUAGAGUUUACAAGUCCAAGAACUACCUGUCUCUUAUUUUUGUUGCAUUCCUGACGACUUUAUGAUUUACUG